AUGGAAGACCAGUGGUCUUCUGACAGUGUGCUCAGUGCCAUAGAAAUGGGUACAAGACCGCGGCUGGUGCCAGCGCCCUCCGUGGAGAGCGUCUCCCUCCAUCGGCUUCCCUCAAGCUUCGUGCCUGGCCCACCGCUCAGACUCUCCAUUCUGAAAACUAAAGUUCACAAGCGGAUACGUGUAACUGCGCCCUGCGACAUUUUAUUUUUCCCGCUGCUUCCUACUCCGCUGCCAGGUGGCAGUGUCCACGGUGCUUACCGAGGGCGCGGGAAACAGGAGGGUUCCGGUGCUGCUUCCCUUCCGCGCACAGAAAAUUCUCCCAGGCCGGCGCAGCGGCUCACCCUUCCCUGCCUCUCUGGCGAGUCCCGCCCUCCCGGCUCCCGCGCCCGGUCCCGGCUUCUCCCGCCCGGCAGCUGGGCCGUUCGGCGCGGGGCGGGGCGUCGGGGCGUCUCCGCAGCGGUCAGACCGGCCUGGGGACUUCGGGACAAUGAGCCUUUCUGUCUGAAAGCCGGGACCCAGCGCCGCAAAGAGACUUCCCUGCGGCUGCGGGAGAGACCUGCAGAAACUCCUGCGAGCCCAGCGGGCGGGCGCCCUGGGCUUCGGGGGAGCGGCCGCCGCGUGACCGGGACUCCCCUGCGCCUCCGUCCCAGCCGCCGCCAGCACCUGCCCUGGGAAGUGUCCGUUGCGGACACUGCAGGGGCCUUCAGUGGGAGCUGUCGCCGCCUGCACCCGCGCCGCUGCGGUUCGCGGGAAGCCCCUGUGGCUUUUCGGAAGCACAACGCAGAACGUCCGAUGGAGUCUCUCUGUCAUCCAGGAUGGAGGGAAAUGGCAUGAUUUCGGCUCACUGUAAACUCUGCCUCCGGGUUCAAGUGAUUCUCCUGCUUCAGCCUCCAGAGUAGCUGGGACUACAGGCACCCACCACCGUGCCCAGCUAAUUUUUGUAUUUUUGUAAAGAUAGGGUUUCACCAUGUUGGCCAGGCUGGUCUUGAACUCCUGACCUCAGAUGAUCCAACUGCCUUGGGCUCCCCAAAGUGCUGGGAUUACAGGCAUGAGCCAGCACGCCCAACCUGAAGCCUUGCUUUCCAAAGACACUUGAUGACAAGUAUCUACAGGUAAUAAUUGAAAUAA